CCGUUUUUUCAAUAGAAUACUUCGCAGUAGGCUACUUGCUGCAGUUUCUUUCUAAUUCAUGUAAGGAUUGGCUUGUAGUUGAGUUUGAUCAGUAGGCUAUAUGGCCUACGUCUAUUCAUUUACUAUAUAGAUUAGUGUAUCUGCGCAGAGGUUGCAAUAACUGUUGCGAUUGAUCAUGCGGACACUUUAGGAACGGAGAGGCGCAGGAGCGCGUUCCAGGCACGGAAAUUCACUAACACACAUAGGCUACUCAACGGGGCCUUGACAGACUGUACUGCAUCUGACGGGGGGAAACCGAGGAAAAAUAGCUCUGCUAAAAGCCCAUCUAAAAAAAUUGAGCAAACGACAAAACCCUCCAAGUCUUUAAUUCCUGAGCAGUGACAUAAUCACCACGGAACGAUGGCGGAUUCAAACAGCAGAGAAACAGCAAUCGUAGCACCAGACUCUAGUAGUAAUGUCGCCGGGGCUGGAGGUGUUGCAGCGCCGGGGGGAGCUACUCAGGCUGCAGGAUCCAAGCCUGGCCUGGAAUCGGUGAAGGGUCAAAAUUUUGACGUUGGCCCCCGCUAUACCGACCUACUGUACAUCGGGGAAGGGGCUUACGGAAUGGUCUGCUCAGCCUAUGACAAUGUGAACAAGCUGCGUGUGGCCAUCAAAAAGAUCAGCCCGUUUGAGCACCAGACUUACUGCCAGCGCACGCUGAGGGAGAUCAAGAUCUUGCUGCGGUUCCGCCAUGAGAACAUCAUUGGCAUAAACGACAUCCUGAGGGCCCGGCACAUCGAUAACAUGAGGGAUGUCUAUAUUGUACAGGAUCUGAUGGAGACAGACCUAUACAAACUGCUGAAGACUCAGCAGCUGAGCAAUGACCACAUCUGCUACUUCCUCUAUCAGAUCCUGAGAGGCCUCAAGUAUAUCCACUCUGCCAACGUGCUCCACAGAGAUCUCAAGCCCUCCAAUCUCCUCAUCAACACCACCUGUGACCUCAAGAUCUGUGAUUUUGGGCUGGCGCGCAUAGCUGACCCAGAGCACGAUCACACAGGUUUCUUGACAGAGUAUGUGGCCACACGCUGGUACCGUGCCCCUGAAAUCAUGCUGAACUCCAAGGGCUACACCAAGUCUAUCGAUAUCUGGUCAGUGGGUUGCAUUCUGGCUGAGAUGCUCUCCAACAGGCCCAUCUUCCCAGGGAAGCACUACCUGGACCAGUUGAACCAUAUACUGGGCACCCUCGGCUCCCCCUCUGAGGAUGACCUGAAAUGCAUCAUCAAUAAGAAAGCCAAGAGCUACCUGCAGUCCCUGCCCCAGAAACCCAAGAUCCCCUGGAACAAGCUCUUUCCUAAGGCUGACAGUAAAGCUCUAGAUUUAUUGGAUCGCAUGUUGACCUUCAACCCCAACACACGCAUCACUGUGGAGGAGGCUUUGGCCCACCCAUACCUGGAGCAGUACUAUGAUCCCACUGAUGAGCCAGUUGCAGAAGAGCCCUUCACAUUUGACAUGGAGCUGGACGACCUGCCCAAAGAGGUGCUGAAGGAACUCAUUUAUGAAGAGACAGCACACUUCCAGGCUAAUUACCAGGGAUCCUGAGAAAUUAUGGGAUGGAAAGAGAUGUGAAGAGUUGACAAAGUAACACGCAGGUUAGAAGCAACCUUAAGAAAGCGAAGUGUACUGUAUACAAAAACACUGAGAUGUACAAAAAAACACAUUUAUACAUGGAUGAUGGAAGCCAUGUCUUAAUUUUGGGGCUCGUAUUUGUCAGCUUUAAAUACACAACAGUUUACUUAUCUGUAUUUUAAUUGAGGGGACUCGUUACGCAUUCCAUCCCUCAUUCACAAACCUCCAUUUCCUUGCUUUUCACUUCUCCUUUCCACUAAAUUUGACAUUAUUAAUGCUGUACCCCAUAGCUCACUAUAUUUCUCAUCUUGCUAUGUCACCCCUCAGUCUCCUUUUAUAGUUCAGGAGAGAGGGAGUGCGAGGGAUGGGUAUGGAUUUCUGUAUAUGGCGUCAUUCAUUUUGCUUGUGGCAAUUUUGUAUAUUAUGAACAAUUACCAGUGAAGUGGCUUCUGUGGAUCAUGGCAUUUCUGUUCAGAGUAUUGAGUACUUUACUUUUCAGAGAAAUCAAAUGUAAUGUUUGUGCAUAUUGGAUUCACCAUCCUCUUUUGGCUUUUGGUAUCUCCACAUUCCCUCUCUCCCUUGCUCUCUUCAGCACUUGUAAUUGUGUUCAGCCUUUUGCUGUAAAUAUAUUUUGUGAUCUCUAGGGCUUUGUUCAGAAGUUGAGAUUUAUGAUUCCUGGUAAUGAAGAUGUAUGGCUUUUGAUUAUGAUAACAGUGGUUGACGCCAGUGGUUAAGUGAAUUUCCACAGUUCACUAUUGUCCUUUCUUCAGUGUCUUGCUCCGUUUGUGAGAUUGUUUUGGACGGUAUACUUAAUGGGGAAAAUAUGGCAAGUUGGCUCUUCCUAUGACUUUAAUUGGGGACCUGCGUGCUAAAUUACCCCUGACCUGUUUCCUAUACGCUGCAUGGCAUCACCUCUUUGCUUUGAGCUGUGCUUUCCCUUAUCUACCAGUCAUUCCUUUGUACACCUCCACCCAUCCAUUUCUUCCAUCUCCUGUUGAAGCAUCUACAGUGCGCUGUCUGUCCAUCUUCAGCCCUGUGGGGCGCUACACUAUGUUUCCCUGACUUUUCAGUUUCAUAUGCAGCUGCCUAUAUACACACGAUUGCAAUCCUCCAUUUGUAGAUACGUUGUCCAUCACUGCAUUUUAUUGUCUCCGUCUUGAUUCUGAAAGGGCUCACAUAAGGCCUAUGCCUUAUAAUUAGGAUUGCCUACUUUAGACGGAUAUCUUGGUGUGACACCUGCCUAUAAAAAUGAAUUGUAUUUUUUAUCCUUGUUAGUUUCUAGAUUAAAUCACUGAAUGAACAACUCUUUAAUCUAAAGAACCAGCAACAGCAGUGUCACUGUUAACUUCUCAGUAGCUCAAUGCCACUGCAGCUCUGUUGAAGUGAAAAUGCCUUUUAGAGGAAAUCCUGUUCCCUUUUAGAUACAAGCUUUUAUUUUAUCCAAAGCAGGAAUUUAAGAUCCUGUAUUUAUUGUAACAAAAUGGACUGUUAUUGGAAGGUUGUGGCACUUGAUAUGCUUAAAGCACUCCUGAUGGUGAGCGUUGGCCACACAGGUUCACCUGACAGAACCAGAUUCUGCACUGUCAUCUCUUUCAUAUAGCGGCUGGAUAAAUGCAUGUUCCAUGGACAGGUAAAUUAUAGCUAAAUAUAUAACUACUACUACUGAGGUUUCUUUGACAGGUGUAAAAUCAUUAUGAAUGAACAGGACUAAUUUGAAUUGCAUUUAAACAUCGUAUACAGGACCCAUAAAUCAACAAAUUUAUAAGAAAUCUUAUUGUAUUUAUUGCUGUUGUUAAUAUGAUUCAUAUUAUUGUUGUUAUAUUGGUAAGAUUUUGAAUGCUUUUUUUAAAACAGAAAUGGAGCUGAAGUUAUACAUUUUGUUAUUUAAUUUGUCUGGUAUUAUUUCUCAUAUCUUUCUUUUUUCAUUUGGGUGUAAAACUAAGUCCUGUUUCAGGAUAAUCUGUAUUUUGUUUUUUAAUAUUAAAAUGAAUUAUUUAAGAGUAACUGUAAGGCAUAUCAUAUGCUCAAAGAUUGAUAUUAUAAAGGUCUAAACUGAAAAUGGGUAUUAUGAAUUAAAACAAUGCAACAAAUAAUUAUAGAAAUAUUAAUAAAAAUUCCUGUUAUUGUGAAA